GAGAGGUUUUUUCCAUGCAUAUUUUGUGGUAAAAUUUUUCGUCACCAACCAAGUUUGAGUCGGCACGUUUCAGCUAAACAUAGAGCUUAUAGAUCAACAUGUCCUAAAUGUGGUCAGAUAUUUUCACACACAAAAGCAAUGGCAGAGCAUCAUACACUGUAUGAAGAUGGUAUAUUAAAAUAUAGAUGUAGUUAUUGUGAUAAAGUUCUCCUCCAUUCAGCCAGUAUACAGAGACAUAUCAAAGAAAAACACUACCAAGUCAAGUAUGACUGUCCUAACUGUGGCAAAAGUUUUUCACAAAAAAAUUAUGUGACAAGACAUUUAAAA